CCUGAAGUGGGAGCAGCGCCUGGAGAAGGCGGGAGCAGCCCGGCCCGGGGGACGCGCGGCGGGACAGCGGGACCCCGGCGGCGCGGCGCGCUUUAGGGCGCAGCGGCGGCCGCGGAUCGAGCCCGGGGCGCGGCGACAGGCUGCGGGGGCCGGCGGCCGCGCGGCAUCAUGCGGCGAGGAGGGCUGCUGGAGGUCGUCCUGGGAUUUACCGUGCUCUUAGCGUCCUACACGAGCCAUGGGGCCGACGCCAAUUUGGAGGCUGGGAACGCGAAGGAAACCAGAGCCAGCCGGGCCAAGAGAAGAGGCGGCGGAGGACACGACGCGCUUAAAGGACCUAAUGUCUGUGGAUCACGUUAUAAUGCUUACUGUUGCCCUGGAUGGAAAACCUUACCUGGUGGAAAUCAGUGUAUUGUCCCCAUUUGCCGGCAUUCCUGUGGAGAUGGAUUUUGUUCUAGGCCAAAUAUGUGCACUUGCCCAUCUGGUCAGAUAUCUCCUUCCUGUGGCUCCAGAUCCAUCCAACACUGUAAUAUUCGCUGUAUGAAUGGAGGCAGCUGUAGCGACGAUCACUGUCUAUGCCAGAAAGGAUACAUAGGGACUCACUGUGGACAACCUGUUUGUGAAAGUGGCUGUCUCAAUGGAGGCAGGUGUGUGGCCCCAAAUCGAUGUGCCUGCACUUACGGCUUUACUGGACCCCAGUGUGAAAGAGAUUACAGGACGGGCCCAUGUUUCACUGUGGUCAGCAACCAGAUGUGCCAGGGACAGCUCAGCGGGAUUGUCUGCACAAAAACACUCUGCUGUGCCACCGUGGGCCGAGCCUGGGGCCACCCCUGUGAGAUGUGCCCCGCCCAGCCCCACCCCUGUCGUCGAGGCUUCAUUCCAAAUAUUCGUACGGGAGCCUGUCAAGAUGUGGAUGAAUGCCAGGCCAUCCCUGGGCUCUGUCAAGGAGGAAAUUGCAUUAAUACUGUCGGGUCUUUUGAGUGCAAAUGCCCCGCUGGACACAAAUUUAAUGAGGCAUCACAAAAAUGUGAAGAUAUUGAUGAAUGCAGCACCAUUCCUGGGAUCUGUGAUGGGGGCGAAUGUACAAACACAGUCAGCAGUUACUUCUGCAAAUGUCCUCCUGGUUUUUACACCUCUCCCGACGGAACCAGAUGCAUAGAUGUUCGCCCAGGAUACUGUUACACGGCUCUGGCAAACGGGCGCUGUUCUAACCAACUGCCGCAGUCCAUAACCAAAAUGCAGUGCUGCUGUGAUGUUGGCCGAUGCUGGUCUCCAGGGGUCACUGUCGCCCCUGAGAUGUGUCCCAUCAGAGCAACGGAGGAUUUCAACAAGCUGUGCUCCAUCCCUUUGGUAAUUCCUGAGAGACCAGGAUAUCCUUCCCCACCUCUUGGCCCCAUUCCUCCGGUUCAACCUGUUCCUCCUGGCUAUCCUCCUGGACCUCCAUUAAUAGUUCCUCGACCACCAGUGGAAUAUCCAUACCCAUCUCGGGAACCACCAAGGGUGCUGCCAGUCAAUGUCACUGAUUACUGCCAGUUGUUUCGCUAUCUCUGUCAAAACGGACGCUGCAUUCCAACUCCCGGGAGCUACCGGUGUGAGUGCAACAAGGGAUUCCAGCUGGACCUCCGCGGGGAGUGCAUUGAUGUUGAUGAAUGUGAGAAAAACCCCUGUGCCGGUGGAGAGUGUAUCAAUAACCAGGGCUCCUACACCUGUCAGUGCCGGCCUGGCUAUCAGAGCACGCUCACCAGGACAGAGUGCCGAGACAUUGAUGAGUGUUUGCAGAAUGGCCGCAUCUGUAAUAACGGACGCUGCAUCAACACAGAUGGCAGUUUCCAUUGCGUGUGUAACGCGGGCUUUCAUGUUACACGAGAUGGGAAGAACUGUGAAGAUAUGGAUGAAUGCAGCAUAAGGAACAUGUGCCUUAAUGGGAUGUGUAUCAAUGAAGAUGGCAGUUUUAAAUGUAUUUGUAAGCCUGGAUUUCAGCUGGCGUCAGAUGGGCGGUAUUGCAAAGAUAUUAACGAGUGUGAAACACCUGGGAUCUGCAUGAAUGGACGCUGUGUCAACACCGACGGCUCCUACCGAUGUGAAUGCUUUCCUGGACUGGCCGUGGGUCUGGAUGGACGUGUGUGCGUUGACACACACAUGCGGAGCACAUGCUACGGUGGCUACAAGAGAGGCCAGUGCGUCAAACCCUUGUUUGGUGCCGUUACUAAAUCUGAAUGCUGCUGUGCCAGCACCGAAUACGCAUUUGGGGAACCUUGCCAACCGUGUCCUGCACAGAAUUCAGCGGAAUAUCAGGCACUCUGCAGCAGUGGUCCAGGGAUGACGUCAGCAGGCAGUGAUAUAAAUGAAUGUGCAUUAGAUCCAGAUAUCUGCCCAAAUGGAAUUUGUGAAAAUCUCCGUGGGACCUACAAAUGCAUAUGCAAUUCAGGAUAUGAAGUGGAUUCGACUGGGAAAAACUGUGUUGAUAUUAAUGAAUGUGUAUUGAACAGUCUGCUUUGUGACAAUGGACAGUGUCGAAACACUCCUGGAAGUUUUGUCUGUACCUGCCCCAAGGGAUUUAUCUACAAACCUGAUCUGAAAACCUGUGAAGACAUUGAUGAAUGUGAAUCAAGUCCUUGCAUUAAUGGAGUCUGCAAGAACAGCCCGGGCUCUUUUAUUUGUGAAUGUUCUUCUGAAAGUACUUUGGAUCCAACAAAAACCAUCUGCAUAGAAACCAUCAAGGGCACUUGCUGGCAGACUGUCAUUGAUGGGCGGUGUGAGAUCAACAUCAAUGGAGCCACUUUAAAGUCCCAGUGCUGUUCUUCCCUCGGUGCUGCCUGGGGGAGCCCCUGUACCCUAUGCCAAGUCGAUCCCAUAUGUGGUAAAGGCUAUUCAAGAAUUAAAGGAACACAGUGUGAAGAUAUAAAUGAGUGUGAAGUAUUCCCCGGAGUAUGCAAAAAUGGCUUAUGUGUUAACUCUAAGGGAUCAUUUAAAUGUCAGUGUCCCAGUGGGAUGACUUUGGAUGCCACAGGGAGGAUCUGCCUAGACAUCCGCGUGGAAACCUGCUUCCUGAGGUACGAGGAUGAGGAGUGCACCCUGCCCAUCGCCGGCCGCCACCGCAUGGACGCCUGCUGCUGCUCGGUAGGGGCGGCCUGGGGCACCGACGAAUGCGAGGAGUGUCCCGUGAGGAGCACGCCCGAGUACGAGGAGCUCUGCCCCAGGGGGCCCGGAUUCGCCACAAAGGAAAUCACAAAUGGAAAACCUUUCUUCAAAGAUAUCAACGAAUGCAAGAUGAUUCCCAGCCUCUGCACCCAUGGCAAGUGCAGAAACACCAUUGGCAGCUUUAAGUGCAGGUGUGACAGUGGCUUUGCUCUUGACUCUGAAGAAAGGAACUGCACAGACAUCGACGAAUGCCGAAUAUCCCCUGACCUGUGCGGCCGAGGCCAGUGUGUGAACACCCCCGGGGACUUUGAAUGCAAGUGUGACGAGGGCUAUGAAAGUGGAUUCAUGAUGAUGAAGAACUGCAUGGAUAUUGACGAGUGUCAGAGAGAUCCUCUCCUAUGCCGAGGAGGCGUCUGCCUAAACACAGAGGGAAGCUUCCGCUGCGAAUGUCCUCCUGGUCAUCAGCUGUCCCCCAACAUCUCAGCAUGUAUAGACAUCAACGAGUGCGAACUGAGUGCGAACCUCUGCCCCAACGGCCGUUGUGUGAACCUCAUAGGGAAGUAUCAGUGUGCUUGCAACCCUGGCUAUAACCCAACUCCUGACAGGCUGUUCUGUGUCGACAUCGAUGAAUGCAGUAUAAUGAAUGGUAAUUGUGAGACCUUCUGCACAAACUCUGAAGGCAGCUAUGAAUGUAGCUGUCAACCAGGAUUUGCACUGAUGCCCGACCAGAGGUCAUGCACUGAUGUCAAUGAAUGUGACCUAAAUCCAAAUAUCUGCCUAAGUGGAACCUGUGAAAACACCAAAGGCUCAUUUAUCUGCCACUGUGAUAUGGGAUAUUCAGGCAAAAAAGGGAAAACUGGCUGUACAGACAUCAAUGAAUGUGAAAUCGGAGCACACAACUGCGACAGACAUGCCGUAUGUACCAACACGGCAGGAAGUUUCAAAUGUAGCUGCAGCCCUGGGUGGAUUGGAGAUGGCAUUAAGUGCACUGAUCUGGAUGAAUGCUCCAAUGGAACCCACAUGUGCAGCCAACAUGCAGACUGCAAGAAUACCAUGGGCUCUUACCGCUGCCUUUGUAAAGAAGGAUACACAGGGGAUGGCUUCACUUGUACAGAUCUGGAUGAGUGCUCUGAGAAUCUGAAUUUGUGUGGCAAUGGCCAGUGCCUGAAUGCCCCGGGAGGAUACCGCUGUGAAUGUGACAUGGGCUUUGUGCCCAGUGCUGAUGGGAAAGCCUGCGAAGAUAUCGAUGAGUGCUCGCUUCCGAACAUCUGCGUUUUUGGAACUUGCCACAACCUUCCCGGCCUAUUCCGCUGUGAGUGCGAGAUAGGCUAUGAACUGGACAGAAGUGGCGGGAACUGUACAGACGUUAAUGAAUGUCUGGAUCCAACCACGUGUAUCAGUGGGAACUGUGUCAACACUCCAGGCAGCUACACCUGUGACUGUCCGCCCGACUUUGAGCUGAAUCCAACUCGAGUUGGCUGUGUUGAUACCCGUUCUGGAAAUUGCUACCUGGAUGUUCGACCUCGAGGAGACAAUGGAGAUACAGCCUGUAGCAAUGAAAUUGGAGUUGGUGUCUCCAAGGCUUCCUGCUGCUGUUCUUUGGGUAAAGCGUGGGGUACUCCUUGUGAGCUGUGCCCUCCUGUGAACACAUCUGAGUACAAAAUUCUUUGUCCUGGAGGAGAAGGUUUUCGGCCCAACCCUAUCACUGUUAUAUUGGAAGACAUUGAUGAGUGCCAGGAGCUCCCAGGGCUGUGCCAAGGCGGGAAAUGUAUCAACACCUUUGGCAGUUUCCAGUGCCGCUGUCCAACCGGUUACUACCUGAAUGAAGAUACCCGAGUGUGUGACGAUGUGAAUGAAUGUGAAACCCCUGGCAUCUGUGGUCCGGGGACCUGUUACAACACUGUCGGCAACUACACCUGUAUUUGCCCCCCAGACUACAUGCAAGUGAAUGGGGGGAAUAACUGCAUGGAUAUGAGAAGAAGCUUGUGCUACAGAAACUAUUACGCUGACAACCAGACCUGUGAUGGAGAACUUUUGUUCAACAUGACCAAGAAGAUGUGCUGCUGCUCCUACAACAUUGGCCGAGCCUGGAAUAAGCCCUGUGAACAGUGUCCCAUCCCAAGCACAGAUGAAUUUGCUACACUUUGUGGAAGUCAAAGGCCAGGCUUCGUCAUUGACAUUUACACCGGCUUACCUGUUGACAUUGAUGAAUGCCGGGAGAUCCCAGGGGUCUGUGAAAAUGGAGUGUGUAUCAACAUGGUGGGCAGCUUCAGAUGUGAAUGUCCAGUGGGCUUCUUCUAUAACGACAAGUUGUUGGUUUGUGAAGAUAUCGACGAGUGUCAGAAUGGUCCUGUGUGCCAGCGCAAUGCCGAGUGCAUCAACACCGCGGGCAGCUUCCGCUGUGACUGCAAGCCAGGCUACCGCUUCACCUCCACGGGGCAGUGCAACGAUCGCAAUGAAUGCCAAGAAAUCCCCAACAUAUGCAGCCAUGGACAGUGUAUUGACACAGUUGGAAGUUUUUAUUGCCUUUGCCACACUGGUUUUAAAACAAACGCUGAUCAAACCAUGUGUUUGGACAUAAAUGAGUGUGAGCGAGACGCCUGUGGGAACGGAACUUGCCGCAACACGAUUGGUUCCUUCAACUGCCGCUGCAACCAUGGUUUCAUCCUCUCCCACAACAACGACUGCAUAGAUGUUGAUGAAUGUGCAACCGGAAAUGGGAACCUUUGCAGAAAUGGCCAGUGCAUCAACACAGUGGGGUCCUUCCAGUGUCAGUGCAAUGAAGGCUAUGAGGUGGCUCCAGAUGGAAGGACCUGUGUGGAUAUCAACGAAUGUCUUCUAGAGCCUGGAAAAUGUGCACCAGGCACCUGCCAAAACUUGGAUGGGUCCUACAGGUGCAUCUGUCCACCUGGGUACAGUCUACAGAAUGACAAGUGUGAAGAUAUUGAUGAGUGUGUUGAAGAGCCAGAAAUUUGUGCCUUGGGCACAUGCAGUAACACUGAAGGCAGCUUCAAAUGUCUGUGUCCAGAUGGGUUCUCCUUGUCUUCCACUGGAAGAAGGUGCCAAGAUUUGCGAAUGAGCUACUGUUAUGCAAAGUUUGAAGGAGGAAAAUGUUCAUCGCCCAAAUCCAGAAAUCAUUCCAAACAGGAAUGCUGCUGUGCCCUGAAGGGAGAAGGUUGGGGCGACCCCUGUGAGCUGUGCCCCACCGAACCUGAUGAGGCCUUCCGCCAAAUCUGUCCCUAUGGAAGUGGCAUCAUUGUGGGACCUGAUGAUUCAGCAGUUGAUAUGGAUGAGUGCAAAGAACCAGAUGUCUGUAAACAUGGGCAGUGCAUCAAUACGGAUGGCUCCUAUCGCUGCGAGUGUCCCUUUGGUUACAUUCUGGAAGGGAAUGAAUGUGUAGAUACUGAUGAAUGUUCUGUGGGCAAUCCUUGUGGAAAUGGUACCUGCAAGAAUGUGAUUGGAGGUUUUGAAUGCACCUGCGAAGAGGGAUUUGAGCCUGGUCCAAUGAUGACUUGUGAAGAUAUAAACGAGUGUGCCCAGAAUCCUCUGCUCUGUGCUUUCCGGUGUGUAAACACUUAUGGAUCAUAUGAGUGCAAAUGUCCCACUGGAUAUGUCCUGAGAGAAGACAGAAGGAUGUGCAAAGAUGAGGAUGAAUGUGAGGAGGGAAAGCAUGACUGUGCUGAAAAGCAAAUGGAGUGCAAGAACCUCAUCGGCACGUACAUCUGCAUCUGCGGGCCUGGGUACCAGAGGAGGCCUGAUGGAGAGGGCUGCGUAGAUGAGAACGAGUGCCAGACCAAGCCGGGGAUCUGUGAGAACGGGCGCUGCCUCAACACCCGGGGGAGCUACACCUGCGAGUGCAAUGACGGGUUCACGGCCAGCCCUACUCAGGACGAGUGCCUUGACAAUCGGGAAGGGUACUGCUUCACAGAAGUGCUCCAGAACAUGUGUCAGAUCGGCUCGAGCAACAGGAACCCCGUCACCAAGUCUGAGUGCUGCUGUGAUGGCGGGAGAGGCUGGGGCCCCCACUGUGAGAUCUGCCCUUUCCAGGGCACUGUGGCCUUCAAAAAACUCUGCCCCCAUGGCCGAGGAUUUAUGACCAAUGGAGCAGAUAUUGACGAAUGCAAGGUUAUUCAUGAUGUUUGCCGAAAUGGGGAAUGCAUCAAUGACAGAGGAUCAUAUCAUUGCAUAUGUAAAAAUGGCUACACUCCAGAUAUAACUGGAACUUCCUGCAUAGACCUGAAUGAGUGCAACCAGGCCCCCAAACCCUGCAAUUUUAUCUGCAAAAACACAGAAGGGAGUUUCCAGUGUUCUUGCCCGAAAGGCUACAUUCUGCAGGAGGAUGGAAGGAGCUGCAAAGAUCUUGAUGAGUGUGCAACUAAGCAGCACAACUGCCAGUUCCUGUGUGUUAACACCAUUGGCAGCUUCACAUGUAAAUGUCCUCCUGGAUUUACCCAACACCAUACCGCCUGCAUUGAUAAUAAUGAAUGCACUUCUGACAUCAACUUGUGUGGGUCUAAGGGUAUUUGCCAGAACACUCCUGGGAGCUUCACCUGUGAAUGCCAGCGAGGAUUCUCUCUUGACCAGAGUGGCGCCAGCUGUGAAGAUGUGGAUGAGUGCGAAGGAAACCAUCGCUGUCAACAUGGCUGCCAAAACAUCAUCGGGGGCUACAGGUGCAGCUGCCCCCAGGGCUAUCUCCAGCACUACCAGUGGAACCAGUGUGUUGAUGAGAAUGAGUGCCUCAGCGCACACAUUUGUGGAGGAGCCUCCUGUCACAACACCCUGGGCAGCUACAAGUGCAUGUGCCCUGCCGGCUUCCAGUACGAACAGUUCAGCGGAGGGUGCCAAGACAUCAAUGAGUGUGGCUCUUCGCAGGCCCCCUGCAGUUAUGGCUGCUCCAACACAGAGGGCGGCUACCUGUGUGGCUGUCCGCCUGGUUACUUCCGAAUAGGCCAAGGGCACUGUGUUUCUGGAAUCGGCAUGGGCCGAGGAGGCCCAGAGCCGCCUGCCAGCGGUGAAAUGGAUGACAAUUCUCUCUCCCCGGAGGCUUGUUAUGAGUGUAAGAUCAAUGGCUACCCCAAACGGGGCAGGAAGCGGAGAAGUGCAAACGGAACAGAUGCCUCCAACAUUGAGGACCAGCCUGAGAUAGAAACCAACGUGAGUCUUGCAAGUUGGGACAUUGAAAAGACGGCCGUGUUCGCUUUCAAUAUUUCCCAUGUCAGCAAUAAGGUUCGAAUCCUAGAACUCCUUCCAGCCCUCACGACUCUGACAAAUCACAACAAAUACUUGAUCGAAUCUGGAAAUGAAAAUGGCUUCUUUAAAAUCAACCAGAAGGAAGGGAUCAGCUACCUCCACUUCACCAAGAAGAAGCCAGUGGCUGGAACCUAUUCAUUACAAAUCAGUAGUACUCCACUUUAUAAAAAGAAAGAACUUAAUCAGCUAGAAGAUAAAUAUGACAAAGACUACCUCAGUGGUGAACUGGGUGAUAAUCUGAAGAUGAAAAUUCAGAUUUGGCUUCAUUAAUUCACCAUCCAGAGACCAAAUAAUUAAAAGAAAGAAAGAAAGAAACGAUAGAUAGGUAGAACUGAAUUUUUCCCCCAAUCAAUCUUCGUAUCAGAGGUACAGUCUUUCACCAAGUAAAUUUCUAUAAAUAAGCACUAUUCUUGUAUUACAAAAAGCGAGGUACAGGUGACUACCCUAGUUCAAAACAACCACUUUCUCAGGCUUCUCAUGUUUGUAGCUGAGCUACCUUGUCAUAUGUGUUGAUUCUUGAAAACUGGGACAUGCCUUUCAUUGGGGGUCAGCCACUCCUGCUGACAUGCCAUCCUUCUAGCUGGUGUACAGGAAUGUGCUUUCAAUCAAUGGACUGUUCUGUAUUUUUUCAAAUUUUUAAACUUUGCUUCUCCAAAUACAAGUACUAGGUUGGCCAAUUAUAAUAUCUAUUUGGUGCUAGUAAAUUCUCAAACUAGAUUUAUAAAUGCACUGUUAAUAUUUACACAACUUAGAAACCAAAUUACAAAUAUUCAGUUCAAAUACUUCAUUAAUUUCAAUCAACCAAAGUUAGUUCAGUAGCUUAUCUCAGUUAUGAGUAUAAUACAUUACAUGUAAAUUAAGUGUGUGUAUACUGUAAUCGUGCUAUUUUUUAUCAUUGAAACAUUUAUAAACUAGAAUAAUAAUGCCCUUAAUCUGAGGGUUUGUAAUGGUGCUUAUUAAGACCAAAGACUUGUUAAAUGUGUACACCAAGUGCUAAGGAAAUUUGUGUGACUGACCCGCACGUGCACGGAGGUCUGGGAGGACUGAGAAGCAGCCUCGGCAGCCAGAGGAUCCGCAGUGCCCCCUUCAUCGCGCCUGCGCAGUAUGCCAAGAUUACCUUCGGCCGUUCCUGUCAACAAGGGGUCCAAGUCAUAAAUGGCACAAUAAAGCAGUCUCUCCUUUUUUAGUGUACCCUUGGCUUGGUGUUCUUGCAUGGAUGUGGGAUGUGAGGGGGCAUUCUGGAUGCUAAAUAAAGUUUCCUGAACUGAAA